UCACCACCCAUCCCCCCGUGACUUCUUCACAACAAAAACCUAAUUCAUAACAGAUUAUAUAAUAUUUUACCAUCCCCUUACUCCCUCCUCUAAAUACUGACCCUUACUUGCUAAUAAUAUUAUUAAUAUUGUUAAUUCCCCCAUUUACCAUACAUUUCAAAAAAAAAAUAUAUAUUCUGCUAUAACAUUGUAUGAUAACUUCUAAUUUAGCAUAAUAUUAUUAUAACUCCCAAUUUAGCAAUAGUCUGCCCUUUUUCUCCUCCCCCAAACUUAUAUCUGUAUAUUAUUACAACAUUUCAAAACAACCUUCCACUUUGAAACUAUAUAAUAAAUCCUACUUUAACAUAUAGUCUUUUGUGUAUAUUAAUAUAACAUUUCAAAGCAGCCUUCCCCAUAAAUCCUAAUUUAACAUUUAUUCAACUCUAUCCAUUCCUCCACUCCCCUAAAUAUAUCACUUAAACAUCCCUUUUCUUAAACUAAUCAAUCAGUAAACUAACCUAUUUCCACCCAGUUUCCUACAAAAUUGCCAUGCACAACAAUUUUUAAUAUCUUUAAUCCACUGCCCACUCUGCUAAUAUAUUAUAUAUAUAUAUAUAUGUAUAUAUUCCGUUAUAUAAAAAAAAAGACAAUGACUUUAAAUUUAUAAUCCAUAUAAUAUCUUCUUUAAUGUCUUUCCACUGGAUUGUUAAGUCCAUCAUCCAUAAUAGGGUAACAUAGCUUCCUGAUGCAACAGUUUGUUCAAAAUCUUCAAUCAUCAUCUGCCCCCAUCAGUAGUAAAUAUCCUCAUAUAUAUAUAAAAGUAAAAGCAACCACCCGAGUGACAUUAUGAUUAUAUUCCAUAUAGUUGUAACUGUGGCUUUCAUCAGGAUUAUUAAUUCCCAUCAUCCUAGUGGGUAACAACCAGAUCUUCUGCAUGCCCCAGCGUAACUCUCUUGCCUUGUAGCUCAGGAUAGUUAUAAUAUAUUUAUCAAUACAAGAAAGAAAUCCAAAGUAGAUAAUUCAAAUCCAACAAUUUAAGGCUCUUUUCACAUCCCAAAAUUACGGCAUUGCAGAGGUCUGUCACUGUCCUCAGGAUAAUAUUAACCAAUACUUCGCCUCCACUAUCUUUUCGCAUAUUCAUUCCUUUUUUUUUUUAAAUCACUGGCUUCACUGUUGCUUGAUUUAGAAAUUUCUAUUUUUGUGAGACCUAUUUCUUUUUUUCUUUUCUUUUUGUGGGUUUAAUUUCCAUCCUGGUUUCCUUUCUACAAGUUGUAUAUCAACUGAUCGGUUUUCAUUCUGCUUUAUAAGUUGGUCUUGUUGAUUUUGUUUUUGUAUCUCAUAUUUCUUCUUUGCCAAAUGUAUAUCAGCUAAUUGGUUUCCAUACUUGUCUUUGACUUGAUGAAUCAUCACGUUGGAGUCAGAUGCCACUUCUCUCAUAUUUGUAGAUAAUCCAGCUGGUGUAUCUAAAGAAUCCAAAGGCAAUUUGUCUACCACAACCUCUGUAAUUCGAUGUUUUCCCUUUAUUUCCAACUCCUUCUGCUUAUCCUGUAUUAUGCCUAAAGAUGUUAAGUUCAUUUUCAAAAUUUUUUGAUAAAAUUCUUCCGCUCUUUCAACAGUAUUUAGUUGGUAUCUUUCUCCUUGAUAUCUCAAUAUUAUACCAACUGGGGCAUCCCACCUAAAUGGAAUAUCUCUUUUUUUUAACUCAGUCACCAGAAAACCAAAUUUCUUCCUUUCCGUUAACAUCUUGGGCGGGAGCUCUUUGUAGAUCCAAAUCUUUCUUCCAUACAAUUGCAAAGUAGAAUUAAAGGAAUUUUGCACAAUAUUAUUCCUAAUUUCUUUAUCUGUAAAAUAGAUCACCACAUCUCUAGGCAAUUGCCUUUGCUUUGCAAUCCAGGAGUUUAUUCUAUAAACUCUGUCAAUCCUACAAAACACUUCCUCAGGUUGAACCUUUAAAAUCCCGGCCAGAAUUUCAGAAGAUGUUUUCCUUAAAUCAUCUCUGUUAUUUUCCUGCAAACCUCUCAGUCUAAUCGCAUAUUCAGUGAAAUUAUAUUGCAUCAUUAAAACUUCUCUUUCAAUCCUCUGUUGCAAAUUUUCUAUAUUACCAGUCUUUUGAUCAGCCUCCAUUUUAGGUUUGAGCUAUUAUCUUGAGUAUUUGUCAAAUCAUUUUCAAUUUUUUGGAUUCUAUUGUCCAAAUUAUCCUGAGUUUCUUCCAUUUUAGACUCUAAUAACUUAGUAUUUGCAUCCAACUGGAUCAUAAAUUCUGAAAAACCGUUAGCCAUUUUUAAAAUCUUUCACUCCAAAAAGUCAAACUUAGAUUUCACCAAUUCUUUAAUUUCCUGCUUAAAUUUUUCAAGAUGCUGAUUCACAAUUUCAUCCCUUCUUACAAUCUCCUCUAAAAGAAAUUCUAUUAUGUUAAAAUCAGGUUUCUGAGACUGGAGACUUAAAACUUGUUCUUGUAAUUUGUUAAUGGGGGAAUCCCCCCCCCACUGCUUGUUUGUCUGACUUUAUAAGUCUCAAUGCCAUGUUUCCGCCCAGACAAACUUUAUUAGAAAAGAGAAGAAAACUUCUUUCCAACCAAGAGCAAUAUCAACUCUCCAGGAAAAGAAAAACACGAAAGUGAAGUUUUGUCUUCAAUUGUAGCCAAAGGUAUUUAUUCUGCUACAUUGUGAUAAUAGAAAACGGAAGGACUUUCCCUUUCAGCCUCUCCUCAAGCCGCGGCAGUCGCCAUUUUAAAAAUCUUUUUUUCUUUCCUUUUCCUUUUUUUUUCUUUCUUAAAUAGCUUUUGAAAAAUAAGUAAAAUACUUGCGAUUCAGGAUCACAGGUCCAGCUCACAUCUUCUUUAAUUACUCUGUUAAAUUUGCAGGCUUGCUCUUGACGCCUAGCUCUGCAUAUAGCAGAGGUCUCCCAAAGCCCGGAGCAGCGGCUGGAGAUAUGGGGAGUCUCAUCCGCUCCGUCCCAAAAGUAAAAGAGAAACUUUUGGGACUAUGCAGAGAGCUCUACCCACCCCAGCUGGCUCUAUCUCCAUUUCCUCAUGGAAACGGAGUUUUUUCAAGCCGCCAUUCCGUUGUGAAGGCGGCUCUUUACAGGCAGUGGGGCUGACGAUCCCGAAAGAACGUCUGGCGGCGACAAGCAGCAAACCUCAUGCACACUCUCAAUCACAUUCUGCAUAACUGCUUUAUUAAGCACUUGCACCCCCUCCUUAAUCAUCCAUUUUCCAUCCACUUUACGCACCCCAUCAUCCAUCAUUUGUUUGUUUUCAUCAUCCGUAAAUACAGGCUUCACAUCAAAAUCCAAUGCAGGGAUCAAAUCAUGAAUGCCCCUCCUACUAACGCUGCUUCAUGUACUAAUAUGUCCAUCAUCCUAUUUCCCACAACUAACCUCAAAGUCCCUUUUUAUGUGCUCCUAUAUGUAUUAUAGCAGUGAUGGCGAACCUUUUUCUCGUUGCGUGCCGGAAGUGUGUGUGUGUGUGGCGCGAUAACGUCCCUGUCAGCCUCAGCUUUCCUGCUUUAGCUGCCAUAAGAAACGGGGAGGGAUUAGGUAUGGAUCAAAGGGGGGGAAGAGAGCAGGAGGGGGUUUGUCUUUGUAGGAGGGGACUUCGUGGGAAUCGAAACUGGAUUUCAGAAGGGGAUGGCUAACCAACUGUCUCGACAUUCCUGAUGGAUGACGCUGCCAGACGUGUUGCCACCUGACCUUUGGAAGACCUUUAGAUUGGCUGAGAAAAUAUAAACACGAGGGGGGGAAGAAGCUUAGUAGAUGCAUUUCGCGCGUUUUGGUCACUUCCAGCUUUUCACUGGGGUGUUAAUCUUUUCAUAUUCAGUAAAAGUACCAAAUUCUUCAAAAUGCUUGAGUUUGGGGUUUUCUUUCCUGGAUACUGAAGGAAGCAUACCUGACAUUAAGCUGGAAGUCUUCUCAGUCAUCCCGGACAAAACCCGAGGGGACUGAAAAUCCAAAGUAUGUCAGAUCGAGGGAGUGAUGAAGAAGGGAAGAUGGGGGCAGCGAGUUCAACCGCCCUCCAGUCGGAAAGAGAAACUGCAGAAUGGCUGGGAAAACUCUGUUUGGAACCGGAGGAGGCCAGAUGGUCAAAAGGUGUGGGGAGACUGCCGGACUGGGGGGAGAACCCCCGGGGAGUGACGACUUCCAGACCCCGAAAAAGGGAGGCAGUGUGGAUGCAACAGCAGAAGGAACGUCUCAUGAUAGAUCAAGCCUUGCAGCUUAUCCGUGAUGUGGAAGAAAGCAGAAAAAACCGUGAGUCUUUUGAAACUCCUGUGGAGAAGGGGGAAGCAGACCCCGGGGGGGAGGCCGAAGAGACAGCCUGCGGGGGAGAGGAAGAGUUUGAGGAGGGCACAUCCCAGGCUUCGGCAGCUCGAGGAAGAGAUGCAGCCGGCCAGAGAACCCCAGCCCUGCAGGGGCCCCCCCCGCAGACGAAAAAAGCCAAAAAUCCCCCCCGUUCCUGGGAAGUUUGAUGGAAAUCCUAAAACCUUGGGAUUUUUCCUGACCCAAGUGUGGAACCACAUGCAGGAUUGGGGGGAGGACUACGAAACGGAUGCGGCUAAAGUCAGAAGCGUUGCGAAUGCCCUAGAGGGAGUGGCGGCUGAGUGGAUGGUAGUUCUCCACAAUAACAACUCCCUCCUGCUGAGAAAUUACAACCAGUUCAUGAGGGCCCUUAGAAGACGUUUUGAAGACCAUUUAGCUGAACGAAAGGCGAGACUCAGAAUGAAGAGCAUUCAGCAGGGUCGGAGGCCGGUGGCAGAGUAUAUCCAAGAGUUUCGUGAACUGGCACCUUAUAUGACAGGCUGGUCAGAAAUGGCGCUUUUGGAGAGUUUCAAGGAUGGACUGAAUGAUGAGAUAUAUCGAGAUUGCAGGAGCAUGGGGGUCCCCGAUGAUUUGGAUAGAUGGUACAUAGUAGCUGAGGAUGUGGAGAUCGAGCUGAAACGGAGCGAACUCCGAGGAAGGCGGAUGGGGGACCAGUCAUCCUCUUUCUACCGUAAGGGGGCGGCCAAGAUGACUGGCGGGAAGACCGAAUUCAAACCCAAGUCAAAGCCCUUCACCUGUUUCAAAUGUGGGAAGGAGGGUCACCGGGCGGCCGAAUGUUUCUCCAAACCACCGCCAAAAGCCACCGGGGCCAGCCAAAAGAAAAGCGAUAAAAUACCCGCCAAAACCCGCGGCACCGCCCUGAAAGGAGAAGUCGUUGAGUUCCCUCCCCGGAACCAGCGUGAGUUGGGAACUCCGACCAACGAUGACGACAGCGAGACGGACUCCGACUCGGACACCGAUGAACGGGUGAGUCACACGGAAGAACCCUUACUCAUCCCCGUAGAAGUAAGGGUGCCCUCCACAGGAACUCACGCGCAAUUGUUAGCCCUGUUGGACUCGGGGUGCACUAGAUGGGUCGAUUGCAGGAGGGGGCCCAGCUAGUUUUAUGACCGAACCCCUUGAACUACAGUUGGGGAAUCAUAUAGAAAAGCUCAGCUUUAUCGUAGCACCUGGCAUGGAAAGGCCCCUAAUUCUAGGACUGCCCUGGCUUCGUAAAUGGAACCCACGAGUAAAUUGGAAAACGGGGGUCCUGCGCAUCCGUACGGCAGAACCACCUCCGGAAAAGGAAGGCCCCUCCCUAAGGGACGACAUAAGACCAGAAGGGGCCGCAGUAGCCAUUAACUAUAUUGAGGGAGAAGAGAAAAUUCCGAAGGAAUAUUGGGACCUCAAGGAAGUGUUUAGCGAAAAAGCGUCUGAUACUCUGCCUCCCCACAGGGCCACUGACUGCACCAUUGAAAUACUCCCAGGGGUGAAGCUUCCCAAACCAAAAAUAUACCCCAUGACACCUCGAGAAUUGGAGGAAUUGCGGAAUUUUAUUGACAAAAACUUAGAACGGGGAUUUAUCGAACGAGCCAAACCCAAGGUAGCAGCGCCAGUAAUGU